AUGAAGGCCACAUUAUUCGCGCUGGGCGCUUUUGCCAGCACAGCUCUCGCUGCUGGGACAACACUUCCACAAGGAUGGUUCACCUUCCAACCCAACGAAAAGAUCAAGCAUACUCAGUUCAAGGGCAAGCCGCGAUAUCUCACUUGGAUGGCCGACUCUCAAAUCCAGCACGGAGUCGAGCCUACGCUUGCUUAUACAGUCUCUGCCUUUUACUCGGGCAUCCUUCUGGCUUAUGAGAGAACCAGAGAUAAGAAGUAUUUCAACUAUGUCAAACGCGGGGCCGACAUUCUCCUUUACCCUGAACACGAUGGCACUGUCCUUAUGUACAAUAACAGCAAUUCCAUCGAUGACAUCCGCAUUGGCCAUACUUUCCUUGACAUUUACAACGUCACGGGGGAAGAGAUUUACAAAAAAGCUGCGACAAACAUGCGGAAACAGAUUGAUCGCACAGGCCGCACGCCUGAUGGAGGUUUCUAUCAUCGUUUCCCUGCAUACAUUGAUCAGAUGUGGUUGGAUGGUUUCUACAUGCUGGAUGUCUUCUACGCCCGCUGGACCUAUGAAUUUGAGCCUGAUAACACAACAGCCUGGGACGACAUUGCUUUACAAUUCGAUCUCAUCGAUGCUGCAACGAGGUCUAGCGAGCAUACCAAAGGACUGCCAGUUCAUGGUUUUGACGCCAGUAAAACACAAGUCUGGGCAGAUCCUGAAACCGGAGCUGCACCUCAUGUCUGGAGUCGCGGUGUUGGGUGGUAUAUAAUGGCUCUGACAGAUGUUCUUGACUAUUUCCCUGAGAAACACGAGGGCCGAAAGCGCUUGUUGAAGUACCUACGCACUUUGGCUGAUGCUCUUGUAGCAUCUCAAGACAAGACCACCAAGGGUUGGUGGCUCGUCAUGGAUCCUGGUUUGGAGGGUAAGUCCGGAAACUACAUUGAGAGUUCUGGUACAGCCAUGUUCGUCAACGGCUUAUUUAAAGCCAUUCGCAAGGGAUACAUUCAGGGCGACAAGUAUCUCCAGUCUGCGUUGACUGGGUACAACUUGAUGACUUCCACGUUUGCUCAGCCUCGCCUGCAUGAUGGGGCAUUGGCUUGGGAGUGGACGGUUCAAACUGGCAGCUUAAGUUCUAAUGGCACUUUUGAGUACUACGCCAGUAUGCCGCUGUUUGAGAACGACCUCAAGGGAGUAGCCCCGUUUCUGUUUUCCAGCUAUGAGUAUGAGCUGUAUCAAGGGAAGGCUUGA